GCCACGUGACGCACCCAAGAUGGCCGCUAACAGGGGAGGCGGCUGCCCAGCCGAGCGGGGUCCGAGGCCGGAGCCGGGAGAAGAGUUUGAGAUUGUGGACCGGAGCCAGCUGCCAAGCCCGGGGCACCUGCAGAGCGUGACGAGGCGGCGGGCGGCGGCGGAGGGUUGGUCUGCGCCCAUCUUGACCCUGGCGCGCAGGGCCACAGGCAACCUCUCUGCGAGUUUCGGGAGCGCGCUGCGCGCGACCGAGGGGCUGGGCGGCACUGACGGCUUGGACAGCACGGAAGGCGUGGCGCGCGCAGCUUCCAAGGGCCAGAUGACGGAGGAGCGUGCCAACCUGAUGCACAUGAUGAAACUCAGCAUCAAGAUCUUGCUACAGUCGGCCCUGAGCCUGGGUCGCAGCCUGGAUGCUGACCAUGCCCCCUUGCAGCAGUUCUUCGUGGUGAUGGAGCACUGCCUCAAACAUGGCCUGAAAGUUAAGAAGAGUUUUAUUGGCCAAAAUAAAUCUUUCUUUGGUCCUUUGGAGCUGGUGGAGAAACUUUGUCCAGAAGCAUCAGAUAUAGCCACUAGUGUCAGAAAUCUGCCAGAAUUAAAGACAGCUGUGGGAAGAGGCAGAGCUUGGCUUUAUCUUGCACUUAUGCAAAAGAAACUGGCAGAUUAUCUGAAAGUGCUAAUAGACAAUAAACAUCUCUUCAGUGAGUUUUAUGAGCCAGAGGCGUUAAUGAUGGAGGAAGAGGGGAUGGUGAUCGUCGGUCUGCUGGUGGGACUCAAUGUUCUUGAUGCCAAUCUGUGCUUAAAAGGAGAAGACUUGGAUUCUCAGGUCGGAGUGAUCGAUUUUUCCCUCUACCUUAAGGAUAUGCAGGAUCUUGAUGGUGGCAAGGAGCAUGAAAGAAUUACUGAUGUCCUUGAUCAAAAAAAUUAUGUGGAGGAACUGAACCGGCACUUAAGCUGCACAGUUGGGAAUCUUCAAACCAAGAUAGAUGGCUUGGAAAAGACUAAUUCAAAGCUUCAAGAAGAGCUUUCAGCAGCAACAGACCGGAUUUUUUCACUUCAAGAAGAACAGCUACAAUUAAGAGAACAAAAUGAAUUAAUUCGUGAAAGAAGUGAGAAGAGUGUAGAGAUAACAAAACAGGACACAAAAGUUGAGCUGGAGACUUACAAACAAACACGGCAGGGUCUGGAUGAAAUGUAUAGUGACGUGUGGAAGCAGCUGAAGGAAGAGAAAAAAGUCCAUUUGGAACUGCAAAAAGAACUGCAGUUACAAAUUGGAAUGAAAACGGAAAUGGAAAUUGCAAUGAAGUUACUAGAAAAGGACACCCACGAGAAGCAGGACACUCUUGUUGCCCUCCGCCAGCAGCUGGAAGAAGUCAAAGCGAUCAAUUUGCAAAUGUUCCACAAAGUUCAGGAUACAGAGAGCAGUUUACAGCAAAAGAAUGAAGUCAUCACAUCUUUUAAAGAAAAAAUCAAUCAAGUUAUGUCCGACAUGAAACAGAUGGAAGAAAGGUUACAACAUUCAGAAAGGGUGCGGCAGGGUGCUGAGGAGCGGAGCCACCAGCUGCAGCAGGAGCUGGGCUGCAGGACCAAUAUGCUGCAGGAGCAGCUCUCCCAGCUGCACAGCCAGUGCUCAAGUCUAGAGAAAGAGUGGAAAUCAGAAAAAGAACAAAGGCAAGCUCUUCAACAAGAAUUACAGUGUGAGAAAGACACCUCCUCUCUCCUCCGAGCAGAGCUACAACAAGUGGAAGGAUUAAAAAAGAAGCUGCGAGAGCUCCAGGAUGAGAAGGCAGAGUUACAGAAGGUUUGUGACGAGCAAGAGCAAGCCCUCCAGGAAAUGGGACUGCAUCUCAGCCAGUCAAAGCUGAAGAUGGAAGAUAUCAAAGAAGUAAAUAAGGCACUGAAGGGCCACACUUGGCUGAAAGAUGAUGAAGCUACUCACUGUAAGCAGUGUGAGAAGGAGUUCUCCAUUUCCCGGAGAAAGCACCACUGUCGAAACUGUGGCCACAUCUUUUGCAACACGUGCUCCAGUAAUGAGCUGGCCCUGCCCUCCUACCCCAAGCCUGUGCGCGUGUGUGACAGCUGCCACACCCUGCUCCUGCAGCGCUGCUCCUCCUCUACUGGUUCCUAAAGGCCUCAGAACAGUGCCAACCUGCAGGGAUUCAAGGGGCUCAGGAAGCUUGUUUCCCAAGAGUAUCUAAGGGGAAAAAAAACAAACAGGCUCCUGAGUCAGGCUGCUGGCACUGGUGGCCAUGUGCCUUUCAUUUCACUUGUAUGGGAACUUCCUUCUCACUUGGCUGCACCACUGGUUUAGGAUUGAAGUAACUUCAUGGUUUUGCUACUGUCACUUUUCACUUUUCAAAGAGUUAACCUAUUUUGCAACAGUUGUACUAAUGUACUGAGGAAUCAGUUCCUAUCUCCCACUGCCCUUUUAUACCUGCGCUGCUUAAGUCAAGAAAUGGGCCGUUUCACACCCUUGCAUCCAUCAUUGGCUCUGCAAUGAAAUAAUUUUUUACUCUAGUGUAGAAAAUGAAGGAGCUUGUGUUAGCUUCUGAAGGACAGAGCAAGCCCAUUUCACGACUAAAGGCCCUUUGGGGGCUGUUUUUGGGGUAAAGCCUGCCGGGUUCUGGGAUACAGGCUGUGCUCUGCUCAGGUGAUCCAUUAAGUCCAUCAAUUGGCAAAAGAAGUGACCUUAAGCCUGUCGCCAAAGCUCAUUACAGAUGGACACACCUAUGGGGUUUGAAUUUCAGAAGCAGUGCUAGGACAGAUGUUAGCUGUGGGCUAUGAAAACCAGCUGAGCCUUCCUCUGAGCACAUGCUCACCUCCCACCCCCAGACAGUAGUCAGUGGCCUCAAAUGUUCAAAAAACAGUAACUGUCAGGGAUAGUCAGUCCAUUCAUGUACUAGGCUUCAGUGCACUGACCCUGACUCACCUUACUGCCCUCUUGGUAGAUUCACCUUACUUAUUGCCCAUCUGCACCUCUCACCAGUCCUCCCUCUGGAAUGCUCCCAGCUAGCCAGCCCCUGCUGGAGGUCCUGGCUCUCUGCAGAAGGCUCAUCCAUAGCCUGGUGCAAGG